ACUGGAGCGAGAAGACAAAAUGGCAACAGUUUGUAAGGGAAAUAUCGUUAUCCGAUCGCUGGCUAAUAGAGCUCUGAUCUGCCGCUUGUUUUCAAGUGGCAGUUCCACUCAGGGAGAGCCCAUUGGGUUUAUAGGCUUGGGAAACAUGGGAGGUCCCAUGGCGAAGAAUUUGUUGAAUGCAGGACAUGAGAUUUUAGUCCAUGACAUAUUCUCAGAGGCUGUUGUAGAUCUGAAACAACUGGGAGCUGCUACAGCCACCACGCCCAGUGAAGUGGCUUCCAAGGCAACCACAAUAGUCACCAUGUUACCUUCCAGUCCAAAUGUGAAAGAAGUUUAUUGUGGUGAGAGUGGUAUCCUGAGUUCUGUGAAGCCUGGAUCAUUGUUGAUUGACACAAGCACAAUAGAACCAGCCGUUGCCAAGGAGAUGGGUGAAAUUGUACAGGGCAAAGGAGCCACGUUUCUGGAUGCACCAGUAUCUGGAGGGGUAACAGCAGCUAAAGGAGGAACUUUAACAUUUAUGGUUGGUGGUGAAGAUGAAGCUUAUGAAAGAGCUACAAAAAUAUUACAACACAUGGGAAAGAAUGUAAUUCACACUGGAGCUAUUGGCACAGGACAGGCAGCCAAGAUUUGCAACAAUUUGUUACUAGCUGUGAGCAUGAUAGGAGUUUCAGAGGCCACAAAUCUAGGAAUUCGGCUGGGUCUAGAACCAGAAAUGAUCGCCAAGGUAAUUAACACAAGCAGUGGUCGUUGCUGGUCCAGUGACACUUACAAUCCCUGUCCUGGAAUCAUUGAAGGUAUCCCUUCCAGUAACAACUAUCAAGGAGGAUUUGCAUCACAGCUUAUGGUCAAGGACUUAGGUCUUGCUCAAAGUGCAGCAACUGCUACCACCAGUCCCACACCCAUGGGUUCACUUGCACAUCAGAUUUAUAGAAUAAUGUGCAACAAAGGAUAUGCUAAGCUAGACUUUUCAUCUGUGUUCCAGUUCCUGAAGGAAGAUCAACAACGUUGAGAUAGUUUAUUUAUGUUGGCUAUCUUUUAGAUGAUACAAUUAUUAAUAGUGCAAGGCGAUUCUGAAAGAAUAGGUUGUUUUGCCCAGCUAAAUUAUGGCAGACAAAAGUACUGUAAGGUGACUUAGAGAUGUAAUGAAUGAAUGUUAUCACUCCUCAUGCCUAGAAAUUUGGCUUGAUGCAAACAUGUUUACCUUUUAAAGGGGGUAAGUUUCUAAAGAAAGUGUAGUGCUGCGUCGGUGGGAGAAUAAAGCAGGGUAAUUAAGCGUUAUCAAUUGAGUUGAUAACAUAAAUUGCCCACCGUAAAGAGUGACAAAGCUGAUCAAUGCUCAAAAUGUCAUCUUUUUUACUAUUUAAGGUGGCCAAUUAAUGUUAUCAACUCAGUUGAUAGUUCUAAAUUACCAUGUAUACCUUUUAAUUUAGGCUAAAUGGGGCCAGGUGGCCUCACCAUUUUCUAAACCAUUUGUGUCAGAAGCAAAAUUAAAGGAAUAUGCUCUUCAGUUCAGAGGUCCUGUCAAAGAGUUGUUAGGUGGUUGUAACUCUAACCUGCAGUGAAGGUUGUAAGCAACAUUUCUAAAUUUUUUCAUAGUAAAUUUUAACUGUAUAAAGCCAGUCUUUCACAUCUGUGAUUAACUCUAAAAGGACAGUCUCUCUGAGGCCAGCUGAAACAUUUGGGUAUCAAACUUAUGACCUCAUUUGGUAACUUAGACGUCCUCAGCAUUAUCACUGGUUAUGCAAGUAGCUCAGUGAUCUUCUCUCAGAGAUCACAUUUAUUUAAUAAUUUCCAGCUCAGCAAACAAUAUUAUAUUUGCCAAACGAGUGCAAUAUUUUAGCACAGUAUGCCCAAUAUACCUAUGUGUAUGCAUGAAGUUACUAUGGGUGGGUUUCUUCAGGAUCUUUUAAACCAGUUCUUUUUAAUAUUGCUUGGCAUUUGAUGGUUGUGCAGGGUAGGAAGUUUGCUACCUCAGUGGUCUCUCACUGGCUUUCUAGCCUAUACACUAGGUAUAUUUUACAAGAAGUGUAGUAAACAGAAUAUUAUUAGCCAGAAAUGGCCACCAGAAGGUGUAGAAGGGUUUAUUACUAUGCUUUUAAUUAAAAGAGUAUAAGAUCAGAGUUUUAGACAUCCUACUUGAUAUCUAGGAACAUGCAAAGCUAAUACAGAGAAUAUUAGACAACAUUUUUAUAAUAACAUAGUACCUUCUGUACAAUUCUAUGGAACGUAAAUUGGCCCAAGGGUAAUGGCUUGCUGAAUUCCUGGCACUGUUUGUUCAAAGGCUGGAUUAUGCUUUUUACUUGUCAGAUAAAUCUCUAUCCAGUGGAUAGUGUGGUACAUUUUGUUGACACUUAUCCACUGGAGAGUGAGUUAUCCAUCCUUUGAGCAACUGGGCCUUGGUUUUAAAGGUCAGGCUUGGUGAUUGGUUUUAAGCUGUUUGUUCAAGUCCUUUGCAGCUAUUCUUUGAAAUGUCAGGUAAAAAUUGGAAAGCAUUGUGUAAAGGAGGAAAGCUGUUAGCUCAACACUGACCAUGAAAAAACAGCCAAUAUGGUUGGUGUUUCUAGUAUCAAAAAAAGGUCUAAAAUAGACAGAUUAACCAAAUAAACUUAAUUUGUAAUGUUGGUGCAAAACAUAAAUAAACUGGCAAAUUUAAUUCUUUA